AUGAAAGACAGGUUUAAUAGAGUGAGAAGGAAAAAUAACUCCAUCUUUAUUCUCUGUAGGGGCGCUUUGCAGUCGGUGAACUUUUUAUUGUUGUGCGCUGAGGUUGAGAAAUUGUUGAUUCCUGUCACUCUUAAUAUAACGUUAACGCUAAUUGUUUGA